CCAGUCGAAAGAUGACCAACGCUCCAGCAACCUCCGCCGCCAGCGCCGCCGGCCCAGUCCUGCGUGGCCUCCACAACGCCACGAUCAAGCGUAAUCUGGCCGUGUCCCUUGGUCUGACCGCCAUCAUAACCGUCGCCUACAAGGUGCUGAUCAACGAUCCCAAGAAGGCCGCCUACGCCGAGUUCUACCAAAAGUACGACGCCAAGAAAUCCUUCGAGCGCAUGAAGGCCGCCGGCCGUUUCCAGUCCUGCUAAGCGACCCUACGCCCCUAGGUGUACGCAUAUAGUAUAAGUCGACGAUGUGUUACGUUACGCUUCUGUAUUGAAAACUAAAUAGAUUUCAACUCGUA